AUGGCUAAUGCCGACGAUUUUUGUCAGUUUGCACGAUUAGGCCAAACGGUUAAAAUUCAAAAAUGUUUACAAUCACAUAGUGUUGAUGUUAAUGCACUUAAUUUAUAUGGUGAAUCAGCACUUUCAACAGCUACAUAUUACAAUCAAAUACUUUGUGUUGAAUAUCUCUUGGCAAAUAAAGCUAAUCCAAAAUUACGUCUUGCAGCUGGACAUACAGCAAUUCAUAUUGCUUGUCGAUUAGGUAAUGUACCAAUUUUACAUAUGUUAUUAUCAAUAAAAAAAGAAGAAAAUACUAAUAUUGAUGAAGAACAACAACAAGAAGAUAAACAUGUUUAUGAAUGUUUAAAAAUGAAAGAUAAUUCUAAUUUAACACCUAUUCAUUGGGCAGCAACACAAGAAUCAGUAUCAAAACGACAAAAAAUGUUUGCUUAUCUUGAUAAACGAAUGCCGGGUGUACUCGAUAGUCGAUAUAAUCUUGAUUGGUUUAAUUCAUGGGCAAAAACACAUCCAUGGGUUAUUCAAUCAAAACCUCCUAUUCCUUCAAUACAGUCUUUACCUAAAUCAACAAAUUCUGAUCCUAACUAUCGACAAGAUGAAUCAUCUGAAAUCACUUCACUUGAUAUGACUCCAAAAAUAUUAGUAAAUAAUUAUGAACGUACUCCACGAGCACCAUUAACAGCAACAACUAAUAAUCCAAAAUCAUCGAAAUUACGUGUUCCACGUGUUCAAGUUGAACAACCUCCACGAGCAUUAACUCUACCACCGACACCAAUAACUAGUUGUAAAGUAACAGUCACUUCAAUAUAUCAUGUUCCAAAACGUGAACAUCAACAAUUAUCACCAUCAAAAAUAAUCGAACAUCAUGAUUUACCUACCUCAUCACAAAAAAUAUCAACUGAUUCAAAUAGUGCUAAUGAAAAUCUAUUAACUCCACGUUCUGAUCGUUUUACUUAUCGUGCUCGUCGUGUUAAAAUUGAACCAACAAUUGAGUUUCCUCCACCACCAUCUGAUAUUGAAGAUAUUGAAAAUAACAAUAAUCAACAACAUGAUUAUGAAGAUAUGAAUACACCAUUAUCAAGUAAACGUCCAUCACAUAAUCUUCUUUCCAAUAUAGUUCCAUCAAUAACAACUCCUUCAACUGAUCAAAGUAGUCAACAAUCAACAAAACAUAUAGCUUCAUCAUUUGGUUUUGAUACAGCUAUUGAACCACAUCAUUUUACUGAUACAACAAUACAUUCUAAUACAGAUACAUAUGCACAAAAUGAUGAACAAAUUGAACUUGAAUCUGUAUCAUCUAAUGAUGAAGAUAAUGAAUGUGAAAGUAAUCAAUUAGAUUAUUUAUGCAAAUCAACGUCAACUUUAGGCAUAGCUUCACCUGGUGCACAUACUUAUUAUUCAUAA